GGGUGUGGAUACCAUGGCUUCGCUAACAGCGGUGGUGGGCUUGUUGCAGGAGCGGGAUGCUCGGCAGUCUGCACGGUGGGCGCCUCUCAUUCAUCGGCACUCGGUGCUGGUGGCACAGAUGGAGAGGAUGCGGACGCGGAAUGCACAGCUGGAGCACAUGCUGCGAAACGCAGGGAGUGGGUCGCCGGCAGGGACACCGAGCGGAGGGAUGGGGGGCGGCGGGGCAAGCUCGGGGAGCGCGACAGGCGGGCUUAAUGGAUCAAGCUCGGCGGGCGACGCGAUGGCGGUGGCGCAGCUGCAGGCCAAGGCCAACGAGCUCAACGCAGAGCUCAACGAUCGGUACAAGGAGCUACUGAACACGCAGCAGGCGCUGCGGGCGGCUGAGGAGGGCCUCGCUGGGAAGGAGAGCGAGCUGGAAGCGGCCAAGGCGCGGAUUUGCGAGCUGGAAGCGCAGCUCGAGCGCAUGGCGCGCGAGAAGGAGACGUCGGACGUGACGUCGAUGGCACUCGGCGACGAGCUGAGGCUGCUGCAGAUGGAGCUGAUCCGAGUGGAGGAGGCGAACUCGAAGCUGAAGGAGGAGAACGAGGAGCUUGUCUCGCGGUGGCUGCAGAAGGCCGCCGAGGACGCCGAGAAGCUCAACGAGGCGAACAUGUUCUACCAGUCGAUGGUGAGCCAGCGCGAGUCGCUCGAGUUGCAGGCAGCAGCGGUGAGCAACGUGACCGGAACGGUCGACAUGUCGGGCUCGGGCGAGUCGCUGCUGGACGCGAUGGCCGGAGCGUCGUCGUCAAGCGGGGCGUACAGCGGGUCGGGCUUUGUUGUGGUCCCCACGCGGGCGCGGCGGACCGUGGCAGCGCAUGGGGGCGAGGGUCACUCUGUUGGAUACGCGCCCAACUCGGACAUGCUCGCGACUGGCGGGUCGGACAAGGCCAUCAAGCUCUUUGAUGCGCGGUCUGGUGAGCACCAGUUCUCGCUCCGCGGCUACUCGGCGGCGGUCUACUGCACGCGGUUCUCGCCGACGGGAGAGUUUGUACUCGGCGCGUCGGCUGACGAGUCGAUCCGGGUCUUUGACGUGGCGACGCAGCGGCCGCGGCACACGCUCACGGGCCACACGGCCAAGAUCUACGCGGCUGACUUUUCGACCGACGGCUCGCUUGCGGUCUCGGGCUCGCACGACCGAACGCUCAAGGUGUGGGACCUCGCGCGUGGGUACUGCUCGCGGACCAUCAUGUGCUACUCGUCGUGCAACGAUGUGUCGGUCUCGAUUGACUCGGGCGUGGUCGCGUCGGGCCACCACAACGGGACGGUGGCGUUCUGGGACACCCGGUCCGGCGACGUCUCGCACAUGAUCAAGGGCGCGGCGUCGAAGCAGGUGACGUGCGUCGAGUACUCGCCCGACGGCGACUCGCUGCUCAUCAACUCGCGCGAUAACUGCCUCACUCUCUUUGACACCCGGACCCACCAGGUGGCUAUGACCUACGAGGCGCAGGGCUUUUCGACCGGACUCAACUACGCGCGGGCGACGUUCUCGCCGGACGGCGCGUUUGUGGCCGCAGGCUCUGCGUCUGGCGAGGUGUACGUGUGGAACGCGGCGUCGGGCGCACUCACCACUGUGCUCGAGGGCGGGCACACGGCUGCGGUGGCGUGCGUCGCCUGGCGGCCGAGCGGGCGGUCGCUGGCCUCGCUCUCGCGCGACGGCGGGCUUGUGGUGUGGGAGUAGAGUAAAGACAGGAGGUGCGGUG